AUGGCUGUGUGGGUCCCCGCGCCACGGAUCCUGCUGCUGGUGCUGCUGCUCCCCCCGCCUCCAGGUGCCCACAGCGAGGUAUGUGUGGCUUCCCGUGGACGCAAAUUCUUCCCUGAGUCCUGUCCUGAUUUCUGCUGUGGCAACUGUUACAACCAAUACUGCUGCUCUGAUGAGCUGAAGAAAUUUGUGGGCAGCGAGGGAAGCUGUGCCGGGCCUGAGGCCAGUGUGUCCGCUGGUACCGAGCCACUGGAGCAGCUGGGCUCGGCGCUGAGGUUUCGUUCCAGCUUGGACAGCGACCCGAUGUCAGGGUUUGGGGCAACUGUAGCCAUCGGCCUGACCAUCUUCGUGCUCUCUGUUGUCACCGUAAUCAUCUGCUUCACCUGUUCCUGCUGCUAUCUCUACAAGAUGUGUCGCCGGCCACCACCGGUGGUCACUACCACCACGGCCACCACGGUGGUGCACGCCCCUUACCCUCAGCCUCCAAGUGUGCCACCCAGCUACCCCGGACCGACAUACCAGGGCUACCACCCCAUGCCCCCACAGCCAGGGCUGCCAGUAGCACCCUACCCGACACAGUACCCCCCGCCUUACCCUGCCCAGCCGAUGGGCCCCCCGGCCUACCACGAGACGUUGGCUGGAGGUGCGGCCGUGCCCUAUCCUGCCAGCCAGCCUCCUUACAACCCGGCCUACAUGGACCCCCCGAAGGCAGCCCCCUGA